AGUUUGCAGCAGCAGCAGCAGCCGCAGCGGCGGCGAGCGAGGUGGAGACGGAGCAGUAGGGAAGCCAAGCUGCCCAGCGCUCUGGCACACGCGUGGCACCGCUGGGGUGGGCUUGCCCCAGGCACCAGCACCCCCGCCGCCAGCCCUGCAGCAGCUGCGGCUCCUCAGGAUUUGGGAGGCUCGGAUUUGCUGAAGAACUUAAAUAAAAAGCUCCUCACUCGUCCACGGCGUCAUUUCGGCAGGUUGGGCACACACACGCAGCCAGCCAAGCACGGCGCCCUCCUAGCGCUCCCCCCCUUCCUCCCCCCGGCGUGCGGCCAGCCACGAUUCAGUGACUAUGAGCCUGGAAGUGAAACUUUCCUGGAGCGAGCUGUAUUUUCCCUGCCCAUUCGCAAACCAGAUGAAUGCGAGAUAAUAAUGGAGAGGAAAAAGGCAAAGGCUGUCUCCGAGCUCAGCACGCCAGCGCUCUGAUUCACCGCGGAGCAACCCGCACCUGCUAUAAGCACUUUGCCUAGCCAACCUAUUGCUCCUACUUUCCCCGGGCGAGCCGAAGGAAGAGGAGGAGAGGUGGGGCAAGUAGCCCAUUGCAGCUGCUAUACAAACUGCUGUAAGAACUUGCGUGGCGGAUACGGUGUGAAUGACUAGCUCGGGUUUCUAAAGGCGAGCGUGACUUUUCACUGCUAACUCUAUGACUCUCAGAGAUGACACAGCCUUCUCCAUCUCCAGCCCAGGGAAGUGGCUCCGCGUUAGGGCCCUGAGGAACCCCCACUCCCAAAAUCCGACCCCCGGGAACAUCUUAUUUUGCAGACGCUCCCCUCCUCCCCCCUUUCUAGGCUGUGACUUAUGAUCGGACAAGGCUUCCCCCACCCUUGCACGUUUGCAGCCGCACUUUCACAGCAGCCUCUGUCUCAGUGUCUGCUUGCUUGUAUUUUUUUAAAUAGGAUUUUAUUUUUAAUGCAAUAACCGCGAGGAUGUGUUUAAAGUGUGCCUGGUCUCUGCAAUGAGGUCUGUGCUAUUUUUUUUUUCGGGAGGGGGGAGAUAUUGCGCAUGCCAGGUGCAAAUAAAUCCAGAUUCCCGCAUAUAUUGACUGCUCUGUGAUUUUUUUUUUAAUCUCUCUAUAAAAGACAAAUUUUCUAUAACUUCUAACUUGCAUGCACAUCGAUGGGCGGAAAGCCCAGCUGAUUUUAUUGGGGUGAUCGAUGCUAACUUUGAUAAAGAGGUGACACUGACUGCCGGGGGAAGCAGACGAGCUGAGUGUGUCUGUAGACGCGAGACAAUUUUUGCCUCUAAUUUUACCCUAUUUUAAAAGAAACCCCACCCCUGUUCUCCCCCAGACAGCCAAGCACCAAAACAACAACCCCCCUUCCCCGCGCGCCUGCUUCAGCGGGGCUAUCAACAGGCAACCAGGAGAGAAGCUGGGCGCCAGGUGUGCGGAACCGGGAGAUGGAUAUUCUCCCCAUCCUGCUCGCCUUGCUGUGGACCGGGGCAGGAGCCCUGAUCAACCUGAAGUACUCGGUGGAGGAGGAGCAGCGCGCCGGCACGGUGAUCGCGAACAUCGGCAAGGACGCCCGGGAGGCUGGCUUCGUGCUGGACCCCCGCCAGCCCGCCGCCUUCCGGGUGGUCUCCAACUCAGCCCCGCACCUGGUGGACAUCAACCCGGGCUCGGGCUUGCUGGUGACCAAGCAGAAGAUCGACCGGGACUUGCUGUGCCGCCAGAGCCCCAAGUGCGUGAUCUCGCUGGAGGUGAUGUCCGGCUCCAUGGAGAUCUGCGUGAUCAAACUGGAGAUCAAGGACCUGAACGACAACGCGCCCAGCUUCCCCACCGACCAGAUCGAGCUGGAGAUCUCGGAGACGGCCAGCCCGGGCACGCGGGUGCCGCUGGAGAGCGCCUACGACCCGGACUCGGGCAGCUUUGGCGUGCAGAGCUACGAGCUCACCCCCAACGACCUCUUCGGGCUGGAGACCAAGACACGCGGCGACGGCUCCCGCUUCGCCGAGCUCGUGGUGGAGCGCAGCCUGGACCGCGAGACGCAGUCCCACUACAGCUACCUGCUCACGGCGCUGGACGGCGGCGACCCGCCCAACUUCGGCACUGUGGAGCUCAGCAUCCGGGUCAUUGACUCCAACGACAACAACCCGCUCUUCGAGGAGCCGGCCUAUGCCGUCAGCGUGCCCGAGAACGCGCCGCCCGGCACGCCCCUGCUCCGCCUCAACGCCUCAGACCCCGACGAGGGCACCAACGGGCAGGUGCUCUACUCCUUCCACAGCUACGUGUCCGAGCGGGCCCGCCAGCUCUUCCACCUCGACCCGCAGAGCGGCCUGCUCAGCGUCAGCGGCGCCGUGGACUACGAGGAGGGCCACAGCUACGAGCUGGACGUGCAGGCCAAGGACCUGGGGCCCAACUCCAUCCCGGCCCACUGCAAGGUGACGGUCAGUGUGCAGGAUGCCAACGACAACCCACCCCUCAUCAACCUGCUCUCGGUCAACAGCGAGCUGGUGGAGGUGAGCGAGAGCGCGCCACCCGGCUAUGUCAUCGCCCUGGUGCGGGUCUCCGACCGCGACUCCGGGGCCAAUGGGCGGGUGCAGUGCAAGCUGCUGGGCAGUGUGCCCUUCCGCCUGCAGGAGUACGAGAGCUUCUCCACCAUCCUGGUGGACGGGCGGCUGGACCGGGAGCAGAGGGACCAGUACAACCUCACUAUUCAGGCCAGGGACAACGGAGUGCCCUCCCUGCAGGCCACCAAGUCCUUCACCGUCAAGAUCACCGAUGAGAACGACAACCACCCCCACUUCUCCAAGCCCUACUACCAGGUCAUCGUGCAGGAGAACAACACCCCUGGGGCCUACCUCCUGUCCGUCUCCGCCAGGGACCCUGACCUGGGCCUCAAUGGCAGCGUUUCCUAUCAGAUCGUGCCCUCCCAAGUCCGGGACAUGCCUGUCUUCACCUACGUCUCCAUCAACCCCAACUCUGGGGACAUCUAUGCCUUGAGGUCCUUCAAUCACGAGCAAACCAAGGCCUUUGAGUUCAAGGUCUUGGCCAAAGACGGGGGCAACCCAUCCCUGCAGAGCAAUGCCACCAUCAGAGUGAUUGUCCUGGAUGUCAAUGACAACACCCCUGUGAUAACUGCCCCACCUCUGGUCAAUGGGACUGCAGAAGUGUACAUCCCUAGGAAUGCCGGGGUUGGCUACUUAGUGACCGUGAUCAAGGCAGAUGACUAUGAUGAGGGGGAGAAUGGAAGACUGUCCUAUGAAAUGGCAGAUGGAGAUAGAGGGUUUUUUGAAAUAGAUCAGUUCAAUGGAGAGAUAAGGACCACCAGAGCAUUUGGGGAGACUGCAAAGACUACUUAUGAGCUGAUUGUGGUGGCGCAUGACCAUGGAAAAACAUCACUCUCAGCUUCUGCCUUGAUUUUGAUAUACCUAUCUCCAGCUCUCGAUGCCCAGGAAUCCAUAGGAUCUGUUAACUUGUCACUGAUUUUCAUUAUUGCCCUGGGUUCUAUUGCCGCCAUUCUUUUUGUCACCAUGAUCUUUGUUGCAGUCAAGUGUAAAAGGGAUAACAAGGAAAUAAGGACCUACAACUGCAGAAUUGCAGAGUACUCCUAUGGGCAUCAAAAGAAAUCAAGCAAGAAGAAAAAAAUCAGCAAGAAUGAUAUCCGGCUGGUACCACGGGAUGUAGAGGAGACAGAUAAAAUGAAUGUGGUGAGCUGCUCCUCCCUUACUUCAUCUCUCAACUAUUUCGACUAUCAUCAGCAGACCUUGCCACUGGGCUGCCGCAGAUCUGAAAGUACCUUCCUCAAUGUGGAGAAUCAGAACACUAGGAACACAGGCUCCAACCAUGUUUAUCACCACACCUUCACCGGGCAGAGUCCCCAGCAACCAGAUCUGAUCAUCAAUGGAAUGCCAUUGCCAGAGACUGAAAACUACUCUUUUGAUUCCAACUAUGUGAACAGCAGAGCCCAUUUAAUAAAGAGUUCAACUUUCAAGGACUUAGAGGGGAAUAGUCUCAAGGAUAGUGGGCAUGAGGAGAGUGACCAGACUGACAGUGAACAUGAUGUCCAACGGGGCCUGUACUGUGAUACUGCCGUCAACGAUGUGCUGAACACCAGUGUUACUUCCAUGGGGUCUCAGAUGCCUGAACAAGAUCAAACUGAAGGAUUUCAUUGUAGGGAAGAGUGUCGGAUCCUUGGUCACUCAGAUAGAUGCUGGAUGCCCCGGAACUCUGUCCCCAGUCGUGCAAAAUCCCCCGAGCAUGGAAGGAAUGUCAUAGCACUCUCUAUAGAAGCUACCACUGUGGAUACAGAGUCUUAUGAAGACUGUAGUACAAAAAGAACUUUUGCAACGUUUGGCAAAGAUGGGAGUGAACCCCUCGCCGACGAGCGUAUCGUCAACCUGAAAGGCAAAAGAACAAUGGAUCUGCCCAUCUGCAGCCCAAAGGUAAAUGGCGCAGUCCGUGAAGCGGGGAAUGGCUGCGAAGCUGUGAGCCCCAUCACUUCACCCCUUCAUUUGAAGAGCCCCCUGUCUAGCAAACCUUCAGUAUCAUACAACAUAAUGCACUGCCCGGUAAAUCGCGACCUGGAGCAAUUUGUAAACAAUGGCCCUUCUCGGCCCACCGAAGCAGAGCCUAGAGGGGCAGACAGUGAAAAUGUAAUGCAUGAAAUUAACCCACUUCUGCAAGAAUGUAGAGAAAAAGACUCACCAGGAGUGAAGAGACUAAAAGACAUAGUACUUUAAACGGCACCAUAUAAAAAGGAGAACCGACACUACUACAAACGCAUAUUGUUUUUAAUUGCUUACCAAUGGUUCACAAAUUGCUGUAUUUAAGAGCUUUCCCUAAAUGUAUUGUUUAUAAAUGAAGCUAUCGUUAAUGUGACAAUCCCACUUGUUUCAGCAACCAGCAGGGGUGUUCAGUUGAAGCAAAUUAGCUUGUUUUUCUUGUGUCACGGGGUGGGGGUGAAGGUGAGACCAGUUCAGUUAUAAAGAAGUAUUAUGUAUGGAGUAUUUUCAAUUUAUAUAUUUUUAUAUAUCAAAACUCUCUAUUAUAAAUUGCCAUUCUUUGUAAUGAAUUGAAUUGAAAACUCCUUAUCCGGCCAUCUUUAAUAAUCACCCUGAUGUUUUUGUAGUCUAUACAAUUUAAUGGCCAUUUUUUGUGUACAACUGUUAAAAGAACAAUUCAAUGAGUUUUAAUAUUUGCCGAGCACAAGGCUGCUUGUACUUUAAAAUGUUGCUAUUUUGCUGUGGACACCCCUGCAUUAAGAAUCCUUUUGCUAUCACAUGCUUAUCUGUACUAUUAUCGUAUUUGAUAUUGCAAAUUACUGUAUGUCUAGUGAUGGCAAAAGGCUUUCAAGUUUAAAAAAACACAGAUAUAUUUAAAACUUGGGGAAACUGCUAAUUUCAAAGCCAAUGUAAGGAGUGUUCUCUCCCCGUCUUACCCUCCAGCACCCCACACAUCCUAUACUUGUUUUCACAGAGCUAUGAUAGAUCAUUGUGGAAAGUCAUUUGGGGGAUAUUCUGCUGCCUAAUUUGCAGUUGUCAGAUGCAGCGUGCUGAACGUUUUGAGAUCCAUUUUUUUUUUUUUUUUUGUAAUGUCAAGGCACUGCAUGGAAAAGCUUCUCCGUAAGUUAUUAGUUCCCAGGUUUAGAUAUUCCCUGUCUCUAAUCAUCUCAGUGAGGGAAUUGUUUAACAGAUCUAAAUUAGCAUCUUGGUUAGACACACACUUCCUGAUUCAACAUUUCCCAGUCAUGAUUACACUAAGUACCGGCGUGAGUGUAUGUAUCUCAUCAUGGAAUGGAUUUUAGAGUGGUAUUAUUUCUAUUUAUCCUGCAUCAAAAAUAGGUAUAGAGUAAGCAAUAGAAAGAUAUACGUAUAGGGACAGACAGGUGAAAUGUAACAGCACUACUAAUCAAAUUAAUGUGCCUUCCAUAUGGAGAAGAAAAAGUGAAUCAUUAUUUUUUCUCAUAAUUAAGUACAUAUUUUAUGUGGUUACAAAUUUGCACAUAUGAAAUUGAUUUUUAAAAGAAAAAGGACCAUUUGGGCUACUUGAACGGCCAUUUUGUAGAAACGAGGGGAACUAUAAAGAUUUUCACAGCAUGGUAUAUUCUCUGCUCUCCUGCACUACAUAAUUGUUCAGAUUGAGUUUGAGUGGGGUGGAGUGGAGGAUAAAGGUUUGUGAAUUAGUAACCCUUUAUUUGACAGACUUUUCUACCCAAAAGAAUAUUCAUUAGAGCUUAACAGUUCAUUAUGAGGCAGGGAAAAAUACAGAUAUUGCCAACAUUUGCUCUGCCAAUGAACUGAAAAUAAUGGUUUCUAGAGAAACAGUCUUCCUAGUACUAAUGUAUCUUGAUAACAUUCUCAUUACUUUGAUUUAUUUAAAUUAAAAAUGUCAUCAGGAAAAGAGCCUCCAAUUGUUAUUGUCCUAGAAAUCAAAUAAACUCCAGUCCUUUUUUUCUUUAGAGAAGGUGGAUAAAAUGAAUAUGGUUGAGUUUUUAACUACUCCAGUUGGUACAUUACCAGUCUGUCUUAUGGGUCCAGGAAUUUGAAAAUAAUUUAUCAAAAGGAACUUCCAAUUAAAUUACUAAAGCUUUUUUUAUUGGUGUUGAUUGCUACCUCAUGCAGAUGGAAUCCCCUUAGUUGAUGUGACUACAUCUGUCCCUCUAAAACUGACCCAUAUUUCUUUUUUUCCUUUAAUUUUGAAGUUUGAUUCAUUUUUUAAAUAAUAUGUUCUUUUUAUUGUAGUUUUUUAUAUCUGGGAUACUGUACUGCUGUCACUAAAAUAUAUAUUUUUUGCAAGUGGAUGUAUAUUAUAUGAGCAAUAGAAGAAACAGGUAGGUUGGUUUGGGGGGGUUUAAGUUACUGGAUAUUAAGAUGGGUGUUUUGUUCAUUAUGAUGUUACCUGUAUUUGUUAACUUCUGAGAGCUUUAUUCAGUGAAAAUUCAUGUCCUUCCUUACUGAGCCACAGAAGCCUCCUGGAUAUCUUUGUUAGCUGCAGAAAUUAAUCCUCAUUGAUUGGCAGAAAAUUGUUUAUAGAAGGAUUUUGUGUGUGUGUGUGUGUGUGUCUCAGCAGUAACUCAGAAUCAGUCUAUAGUACUGUUCCCCCACCCCUCCAACACACAUUCUUCAGUCGCAUAUGGAUAACCGAUGGCAAUCAUGAAACUUUUGACAUCAGGGGCCUCUACUUAGGAUGCUCAAAAACUCUGGUUGCUUUAGUUUAGCUGACAAAAUGGGUUGAAGUUUAUAUGAACCUUUUGCUCUCUUGGAGAGCCCACAAAAAGGGCUUGGGUUUCUUCAAACUCCUGAGUUUUACUGCUGGGAUUUUGUUACAAAAUCCAGGAAGCUCAUUAGUUUUGCACCAAGUUCAGUGAAACUCUCCAUCCAAAAGUUACCUUGAGAUUUCGAAUUUUCACACCCCCAAAUGUAAACAAACCUGGAUUGGGGAUGUGUGUGUUGCAAAUGGUGUAAACUGAUCCUAUCCGACUGGUUGAUGCAAUCUUUCCUGACUUGAAAUUGGUGGUGUCAUGCUGUAUUUAAUGGCAGGUCAUUUCCCUGAAAUGAGCCAUUCAAGUACUUCACAAAAGGGAGCUGAUGAGGAAUAGCCAAUAGGCUUCCCUGAGGAGAGCUGAAGGCAUGAGCCCUCACUGUGAUAGGAGAGAGCCCCAUUCCUCACCCAACAACUCCAUGUCUGCAACAAGUGGGAAACUAUUUAGCCAAGAAGGUCAUGUUUGGUCCAGGUCACAGAGCUGCUUUCUCUCUCCAAACAUACACACUCCACACAUAAGUAUGGCCCUACUUUAAUAUCAUAGGACUCUGUGGCUGAGCUCUGGCUAAAUUCCAGCACUAACAUCGUGAUUCCUGCCUUGGAUUAUCUUGAUCCAGCUCCACUGAAGACUCCCAUUGGUUCCCUGGGGGUUGGAUUGGGACUUAACUCCCCAAGCCAAAUAAUUUGCCCAGAAGGGCUUGUACAUUAUCUUCUAUGGAACUGAGAGCAACAAUCCAUCAGGCAACAUGGGAGAGGAGAGGCUAGCCAAUCAGCAUGGAUUCUCCUCCAUCCACUACACUGUGGUGUGAAAAUUGGACCGUCCUAUUCCUCUCCCACAGCCCUCCUUCUCCCCAUCCAAGGAGAGACUAGGCGAUGGUCCCCAGUCACCUGACCUGGUGAAUAUAAAACGGACAGAAGAGUCCAGCUGUUGAUUUCUACUGAACUUGGGCCUCUGACUAUCGAGCUGCCAGCAUCAGCCUGGCACUGGGUAGAAAAUAGAUGCUAACUGAAAAGAAAAAUAAAACAUUUCUCUGAUUUACCUAUUGAAAACAUUCCUUGCCACUAGAAAUAAAAGCGCAGCCCAGAAAAUAUGUGAAAUAUUCCUUUAUUAAAAGGGAGUUUUAAGAGGUCAGUAAGCCCUACUGCCUCCAAGCAAACCAUUUAAACAACAGUCUUUUCCAUCCUGGCCUGUGCUGAAGCUUGGGAUCUUGAGUGCCUAAGGCACCUGCAUGACAUAUUGUUAUCACAUGAGAAGAAAAACCAGGAGAGGGACUGGAAAAGGUUCAUCACCGACAGAGUUCCCUUCCCCCUUCCAAAUAUUUCCUAUUCCGACUUGCUUUCUCUCUCUCAUUUGAAAUCAGUUCAGAGCUUAUGACUGAGCUGUAUUAUAAUUUUUAAAGUAGUUAAAUUAACCACAUCAAAAUGUGAAUGACCCAGGAUGGCCUUUUUGGACAAGAUGUAAUGAAGCUCUCUUUAGAAUUUAUAUUGUUAUCAAAUUUGGUGCAGGAAAAUCAUAAGAACGGUGUAGUAGUUUAUCCACAUUUAACAGCCUGAUUUCCAGAGGUGCCGAUCAUAACCCACAAUGAAACCAAUACUGUAUUGUGCAUGCAGCACCUCUGGAUACCAGAUCCCAAAGAUACAGUCUAUGAGUAAAUUCAUGACAUGCUGUACUCAGUGUAAUAUUUACCUACUUGAUAGAAUAUCUUUAGAAAAUCCUUUCACAAGUGGAAUUUUCUUUUCCUUACAUUGAAAUCUUGCAGCACUGGUUUUAUUUUUAUGCUGAUAUAUACAAAGGGGAAUAUGGGGGGGUUGGUUACGGGAGGGUUGAUUGAUGGUUUUAAAAAUAAUCCGUAAGCACUUAAUGCAUUGUCCUGAUGAAGUUGUUGCGGUUAUCCCUGUUUUACUGUGAAGCUGGAAAUGGCCUGUGGAUCACAUAUUGUGCAGAAGUGAAUUACUUUUUUUCAAAUAGGAAACAAGUUGCUUUUGUGAACAACACACUGUCUGAUUAAUAUAUUGAAAUUACUCUUGGGCGGGGGGAACUAAUUACAAAUAGAAACACCUUUGUCUGUCAUUGGGGGAAAUGGAUGAUCUUGUUGCUACAGCUGCUUUUGCUGCUACAGAUAAUCUUUUAUCCAACUUAUGAGGUGCAUUUAACCUUAGCAGAAGAACCCAGCUAACUCUGUUGCAAGCCUUGGUGAAAUGGAUUCUUUACUGGCAUCAGCUGAUGUUCAGCUGAUACGAGCUGGGAUAUAAUCUUUAGUGACAAGAGCUGACCGAGUGCAAGCUAGUUUUCAGCAACAAAUACCUCCUUGCACUAUUCAAAUGCUAAGGUAUUGGUUGCAGAAGAUCUUAAGUCUUAAAGCUACAAGCUUCUGUAGCCUGCUGACCAGUCUGGUGACACCAUAACUGCCCACCAAAGCAAGGCGGAUUUCAGUGGGACAUAAGUACAGUUCGAUUCAUCAAGGUGUCUCUGUUGCUGAUUAUAUGAAGAAUAAAUUGUUGUAUAUGCUGAUAUGUAUGUUAUGUACAUUUUCACAGUGAUGGAAUCAUUGUAAACAAAAAAAAAUGGAAAAAAAAUCACCAUUCUGUCUAUUUUAUGAAGAUGAUAAAGCAGCUUUAUUAAAUUA